AUGUUGAAAUGGUCUGCAACAGUUUACCCUUGGUGUAUCCUUGGAGAUUUUAAUGUUAUAUCUUCUGCUCAGGAGAAGCUGGGAGGCAGAGAAUAUAAUAUUAGGAAGAGUUUAGAAUUUAUCAACAUUAUUGAUUCUUGUGGACUGAUAGAUAUGGGGUAUAAUGGUCAGCCUUAUACAUGGUGUAACCAUAGGAAUAAUGGAGAUAUGAUUUGGAAAAGGCUAGAUAGAGGAAUGGUUAAUGAUAAAUGGUUGGAUAUAAUGCCUCAUACCAAUGUUACUCAUCUUCCUAGUGUGGGAUCUGAUCACUCCCCUCUCUUGUUGGAAAUGAUUGAUCAUAAAGGCACUGUGAUUAAGUAUUUUAAGUUUCUCAAUUGUUGGACUGAGAAUGACACAUUCUUACAUACUGUUGAAAAUUGUUGGAAUAAGAAAGUUACUGGCAACCCCAUGUGGAUCUUACAUACAAAACUGAAAAGGUUAACUAAGACUUUAAGAGAUUGGUCUAAGAAGGAAUAUGGGGAUGUUUUUGAAAAAGUAAAGUUUUAUGAAGAGAGUGUUAAAAUUGCAGAAGGAAAUUAUAUUAGAGAUAGUAGUAGGGAUAAUAGAGAACAGCUCUAUGCUCUUAAUGCUCAAUACAUCAAAUACUUGAAGAUAGAACAUGCCAUUCUUCAACAGAAAACUCAUCUUCAUUGGCUUAAAGAAGGUGAUGCAAACUCCAAAUACUUCCAUGCUAAUAUUAGAGGAAAGAGGAAGAAAAUGGUAAUUCACAAAUUAUUGAAUGAUAAUGGUAGUUGGAUUCAAGGGGAUGAAGUUAUUGCUAGAGAGGCCUGUAAUUAUUACCAAAAUAUUUUUACAGGAAAAUCUGUUAAAAUCAAUGAAGAUCAAUUACAGUGUAUUCCUAAGAUGGUUACUGUGGAACAAAAUCAUGAUCUGGAAAGAAUGCCUAAUAUUGAUGAAUUGAGAAAUGUAGUUAUGAAUAUGAACCCUCAUUCUGCACCUGGACCUGAUGGUAUUGGAGGCAAGUUUUAUCAAACUUGCUUUGAUAUUAUAAAAGAUGAUCUUCUAGCUGCAGUACAGGCUUUUCUCAAUGGUCAUGACAUGCCUAAAUAUAUGACCCAUGCUUGUCUAAUCCUUCUUCCUAAAGUGGAUAAUCCUAACAAAAUGAAAGAGUUUAGACCUAUUAGUCUUAGUAAUUUUACUAACAAAAUCAUUUCUAAGAUUAUGAGUACUAGGCUAGCUCCUAUUUUACCAUUACUCAUCUCUGAAAAUCAGUCUGGUUUUGUUAAAGGAAGAAGUAUAUCUGAGAAUGUGAUGUUGGCUCAGGAAAUUAUUCAUGGUAUUAAACUACCUAAAGAAGGGAAGAAUGUGGUUCUCAAGUUGGAUAUGGUUAAGGCUUAUGACAGAGUUUCUUGGAGUUAUACAUGCCUGGUACUGAGAAAAAUGGGGUUUGGAGAAUUAUUUAUUGACAGGGUAUGGAGAAUAAUGAACAAUAAUUGGUAUUCAGUGGUGAUCAAUGGAAGAAGGCAUGGUUUCUUCCAUUCUACUAGAGGUUUGAAGCAAGGGGAUCCCUUAUCUCCAGCACUUUUUAUUCUAGGUGCUGAAUUAUUUUCAAGAAAGCUUAACCUUUUAUAUCAUAAUCAGAAUUAUAUUGGUUUCCAGAUGGACAGCAAUGGGCCUCAAAUCAAUCACCUAGCUUUUGCUGAUGAUAUUAUUAUAUUUACCUCUACAGAUAGACAAUCUCUUCAGCUUAUUGUUAAAACUAUUGAAGAGUAUGAAUUGAUUUCUGAUCAACAGGUAAAUAAAGAUAAAAGUUUUUUCAUGGUUACUGCCAAGACUAAUCAGGCUAUUAUUAACUCCAUUAAGAUUGAAACUGGCUUUGGUAUACAAAACAGCCCCAUUACUUAUCUUGGUUGUCCUUUAUAUGUUGGAGGUCAAAGGAUUAUUUACUUUUCUGGGAUUGUGGAGAAGAUUAUCAGGAAGAUUUCUGGGUGGCAUGCUAAAAUCUUAAACUUUGGAGGCAAAAUUACUUUAGUGAAACAUGUAUUACAAUCUAUUCCAAUACAUUUGUUAGCUGCUGUAUCUCCUCCUAAAACUACCCUCAAAUAUAUCAAAAAUGUUAUUGCUGAUUUCUUUUGGGGUAUGGAUAAAGAUGGUAAGAAAUAUCAUUGGGCAUCUUGGGAAACUUUAGCCUAUCCUACUAGUGAAGGUGGUAUUGGUGUUAGAAAUCUUGAAGAUAUAUGUAUAGCAUUUCAAUAUAAGCAGUGGUGGGAAUUUAGGACUAAAAUUUCUUUGUGGAGCAAAUUUCUUAAAGCUAAAUACAGUAAAAGAGCUAACCCUAUAGCCAAGAAAUAUGAUACUGGUAAUUCAUUGGUAUGGAGAUACUUCACUAGAAACAGACAAGCUGUGGAGGCUUACAUUAAAUGGAAUAUUCACUCAGGUUCUUCCAGUUUCUGGUGGGAUAAUUGGUUAGGAAAUGAGGCUCUAGCCAAUCAGGUUAUUAAUAUAUCAAGUCUCAAUAACAUUCAUGUUUCUGAUUUCCUAACUAAUGGUAAAUGGAAUGAAAGAUAUGUUAGAAAACAUGUUCCUCCAACUAUGGUACCUGAAAUUAUGCAAACUAAAUUCAAGUAUAACACUAACAUAGAGGAUACUGCUAUUUGGACACCUGAAGAGAAUGGUAAAUUUACUCUUGCUUCAGCCUGGGAGGUUAUUAGAAAGAAAAAGUCUAAAGAUAUCAUUAAUAACAGUGUGUGGCAUAAACAUAUUCCUUUCAAGAUAGCCUUCUUUAUUUGGAGAGCUUUGAGAGGCAAGCUUCCAACAUAUGAUUAUUUACAGAAAUUUGGAAGUAAUGUUAUUCAUUGCUAUUGCUGUUAUAGGAAAGGCAUUGAUGAUAUCAAUCAUAUUUUAAUCACUGGCAAUUUUGCUAAUCACAUAUGGAAAUAUUAUGCACCUACCUUUGGCAUAACACAAAUCAAUAUUGAUUUGAGAAGCUUGCUGCUACAAUGGACAAAUCUGUCUUCUUCUAAUCAGAACAGGUGUGCUGUGAAAUAUGGAAACAAGAUAUCAAGCAUCCAAAGAGUUCAAUAUGGAAUUUUCAAAGAUGUCAUGCAAACCAUUAAGAUAGUAUUUCCAAAUAUACCAUGGCAACAUAGCUGGUACAGGCUGAUCAACUUAGUUGAACAAUGCCAACAACAGUUAAAGAUUGGAGGAGGAGGCAUACUAAGAGACUACACAGGUAAAUUACAUUAUGCAUUUUCAAUACCAUUUGGUUUUGGCACUAAUAAUAUUGCAGAGAUGGAGGCUGCUAGAUAUGGAUUGGACUGGUGUGAGCAACAUGGUUAUAAAAGUAUUCUAUUGGAAUUGAUCGGCGAAUUGAAUCAGAAAAUUGUGUUUGGAUUGGCUGGUAAUCCGGUGGAUGAGCGAUUUCGACCUCCAGAUUCGCCUGUAGGAAUGGAGGAAUCGAAUGUUCAUUCAGCAAUUAAUGAUAUGACGGAUGGAUCAUCGUCUAAUUCUUCGCAUUUGAGGGAAGAAGCGAUCCAAGUCGCGACUAUAGAGGCGGACAUGGAUGAAGUUCGUUAUCCUGGUGUAAUGAAUCGCAAUCUUGGUGGAAAGGGCGGUGACAUACAAAGCGUGGACAAUUUUCAAGAAUUGGGAAGAGGUAAGUCACAGGGUAUAGGGGCGGAGAAAUUACAUGAGCUUGAGGCGGCGAAAUCGAGUUCGAUGGAGGCGGCAAAAUCGAGUUCGAUGGAAGCGGCGACAGCGAGUUCUGAUACAAAUCGAUUGGAUGGCUCGCGACAAGAAUCUGGUACUGGGGAAUCUUCUCUAGGUCUAAAUCCACAUAUUCAACCAAGGGGGGAAGAUAGAGGAGGUCGAAUAACUGAUUCUAGACAAGAAACUGUAAUUGUGGAAUGGCAGAAAAUUUUUCAAGCACAGGGACAUCGCGAUGGUCAUCAACAGGGUAAUCCUUCUAUCCAUUCUCAAAAUCGCAUUGAUAAUUCGAACAAGGAAAUGGAAACACACCAACAACAUCAACAAAUUGCAAAUACGACUCCAAGAAUAUCUGGUUCGAGAACUGCUGCUGGUUAUCCUAUUCAAAAUAUUCAAAGAGCUGGGAAUUCUUCUGAAUUACUUGGGAAACAGGGGAACAAUCAAGGUAAUCCUACUACCACUACUACCAAUUCUAAUGAUCAUGUGCAAGAAACUGGUAGGAUACAUAUGGAGCCUGUUAGAAUUCAAAACUAUCAUACAAAUUUCCCUAAGAUAUCUAGCAACUUUGAUCGAAAUGUCAACAGGAAUGUGACUGAUAAGAAUGAUCCUCCCUUAGCCAAUAUGGAUAAAUUAGCUAAGAGAGAUCAACCACAAGAACCAGCCCCUUAUACUGUGAUCCAAACAUACGCAGAUAGACUUAGAUUUAAUCAGUCUAAGAAGGAUGCUAGCAUUAAGUUGACUGAGCUUGAGAUCACUACUAAACAAGGUCUUCCAGCUGUGUUAUAUGUUAAAGAUGAAGUAGUGAAAGACUUGGCUUCGAAUUGCAAGUUUACUUUGAUUGGCAAGUUCAUAUACACCAUGCCUAGAGUGGAGUUAAUAAGGAAAAAUUUCAUUCUCCAAACUCAAUUGUCUGGGGGGUUAAAAUAG